ACAUGUAGCUGGAGCAAAAAACAGCUUUCUUCUUGAGGUCUUCUUCUACUCCUACUCCUAGCCUUUCCCUUUUAGUCAUUCAAGCGGCGAUCAACAUGGAGAAAGGGUUGGCGAGGGCAAAAUCCGAUCAAUUGGUGGCGGAGACGGCAGCGGCGUUUAAGUCACCGCCGUCGAGCGAGGCUGCGGGAGCGGCCUCGGGGGAGAGCGGCGGAAGCCUGUCGAGGAAGUCUAGCAGGCGCAUGAUGGUGGCAUCACCAGGGCGCACUAAUGGCAGCAGCAGAAACGCACACAUUAGGAAGUCUAGAAGUGCCCAAAUGAAGUUUGAUUUCGAUGAAGUGAGCAGCGGUGCGGCUCUCAGCCGAGCCUCCAGUGCUAGCUUGGGCUUCUCAUUCUCCUUUACCGGCUUCACCAUGCCUCCCGAUGAAAUAGCCGACUCCAAGCCAUUUAGCGACGAUGACAUCCCUGAGGAUCUUGAAGCUGGGACACGCAACAUGAGGUUUCAAGCAGAACCAACGCUGCCAAUUUAUCUCAAGUUCACAGAUGUGACAUACAAGGUAAUUCUAAAAGGAAUGAGAACAAGUGAGGAGAAGGAUAUCCUAAAUGGCAUUACCGGUUCAGUGAAUCCUGGGGAGGUUUUGGCAUUGAUGGGACCUUCAGGAAGUGGAAAGACGACACUCCUAAAUCUGCUUGGUGGCAGGUUGAGGCAGCCAACUGUUGGUGGCUCCAUUACUUACAAUGACCAGCCUUACUCCAAGUUCCUAAAAAGCAGGAUAGGAUUUGUGACUCAAGACGACGUUCUAUUUCCUCACCUAACAGUGAAGGAAACACUGACUUAUGCUGCCCUCCUACGACUCCCAAAGACAUUGACAAGAGAGCAAAAGGAAAAACGAGCAGUAGAUGUAAUCUAUGAGCUAGGUUUGGAGAGGUGCCAAGACACUAUGAUUGGUGGCUCCUUUGUUCGUGGAGUGUCAGGUGGAGAGAGGAAGAGAGUCAGUAUUGGCAAUGAGAUCAUAAUCAACCCGUCCCUUCUGUUUCUUGAUGAACCAACCUCUGGCUUGGAUUCUACUACUGCUUUAAGGACUGUCCAGAUGUUACACGACAUUGCAGAGGCUGGAAAAACAGUAGUAACAACAAUUCACCAGCCGUCAAGCAGACUCUUCCACAAAUUUGACAAGUUAAUCCUUCUUGGCAAAGGGAGCUUGCUGUACUUCGGAAAAGCAUCAGAAGCAUUGGCGUAUUUCUCAUCCAUAGGAUGUUCUCCUCUAAUUGCCAUGAACCCAGCAGAAUUCUUGCUAGACCUCGCAAAUGGAAACCUACACGAUGUCUCAGUACCAUCAGAAUUAGAGGACAGAGUUCAAACGGAGAAUUCAGAGACUGAAACGAGGAACGGGAAACCAUCUCCCACAGUAGUGCAUGAGUAUCUGGUGGAGGCCUAUGAGACGCGGGUUGCAGAAAAGGAAAAGAAGAAACUUAUGGUUCCAAUACCCCUGGACGAAGAGGUAAAAUCGAAGGUGUCUUCUCCAAAGCGACAAUGGGGGGCAAGCUGGUGGGAACAAUAUUCCAUAUUGUUUUGGAGGGGAAUCAAAGAACGGCGGCAUGACUAUUUUAGCUUGUUGAGAAUCACUCAAGUUCUCUCCACUGCAAUUAUCUUGGGAUUACUCUGGUGGCAGUCUGAUAGUAACAGCCAAAAAGACCUGCAAGAACAGGCAGGGCUGCUUUUCUUCAUUGGUGUCUUCUGGGGAUUCUUUCCUGUCUUCACAGCAAUCUUCACAUUUCCUCAAGAGAGAGCCAUGCUGAGCAAGGAACGAGCAGCCGACAUGUAUAGACUAAGUGCAUAUUUUGUGGCUAGAACUACAAGCGACCUUCCACUUGACUUGAUGUUACCAGUACUAUUCCAUCUUGUCGUCUAUUUUAUGGCAGGCUUGAGACGGAGUGCUGGACCCUUUUUCUUAAGCAUGCUUACAGUCUUCCUCUGCAUCGUGGCAGCUCAGGGACUUGGACUAGCUAUUGGGGCUACAUUGAUGGACUUAAAGAGGGCAACAACUCUGGCUUCAGUAACUGUGAUGACCUUCAUGCUGGCUGGUGGGUUCUUUGUGAAGAAAGUUCCAAUAUUCAUCUCUUGGAUCCGCUAUCUAUCCUUCAACUACCACACAUACAAGCUUCUUCUGAAGGUGCAGUAUGAAGACAUUACACCCAGCAUAAAUGGGAUGAGACUAGACAAUGGUUUGACAGAGGUCUGUGCCCUGGUGGCCAUGGUUUUUGGUUACCGUCUUCUGGCAUACCUUUCUUUGAGAAGGAUGAAGCUCCAAUCUGGAGCUUAAUAAGUUGCAAUCUGCAAAGCAGGAGCUAUCUCGUGAAGACCUGAGUGUCAAUGAGCAAAAACCAUUUGACUUAGUAUAUGCUAGCAAGGUUCAUCGAUGAGCAAAAACCAUCUCAAAUAGAUAGCACCAAGAGAAUGCUACAUGUUUCCACAGGCGUGUAAGUCAAUUUCACUUUAUGCAGAAUUCUCAGAUAUGUCCUCGGCAAAUCUUAAACUCAUGUUAACAGGUGGUCUUAUUAUUAAAAACAGUAGUUUUGUAUUAAUUGUAAUUGACUACAACUUAUGUGUAAAAA